GACCGGGUGAGGACGCGCGUCCGGGACGCAGCGGCAGCGGCAGCGGCAGCGGCGCCGGCCCGGGGCGCGAAUGGAGCCGGCCGCGCGUCCGGGCGGGCCCCCGCCGCAGAAGGAGCUGCCGUACAACCGGCUGCUGCCCUACGCCGAGCGCCUGGACGCCGAGGCCGCCGCGCAGCUGCGCCGCAUCAAGAGCAACCUGGGCCGCGCCGUGCAGCUGCGGGAGCUCUGGCCCGGCGGCCUCUUCUGGACGCGCAAGCUCGCCACAUAUAUUCGACUUUACGGGAGAAAAUUUAGCAAAGAAGAUCAUGUUCUUUUUAUCAAGUUACUGUACGAGCUGGUGUCCAUCCCCACACUGGAGAUCAGCAUGCUGCAGGGCUUUGCUCGCCUCCUCAUCAAUCUGUUGAAGAAAAAGGAACUUCUGUCAAGAGAUGACCUGGAGUUGCCUUGGAGGCCACUUUACGACAUGGUGGAAAGAAUUUUAUAUUCCAAGACGGAGCACCUGGGAUUGAAUUGGUUUCCCAAUUCUGUUGAAAACGUCCUGAAAACACUCGUGAAAAGCUGCCGCCCAUAUUUCCCGGCAGAUGCCACGGCUGAGAUGCUGGAGGAAUGGCGGCCCCUGAUGUGCCCUUUUGAUGUGACAAUGCAGAAGGCUAUCACUUACUUUGAAAUCUUUCUUCCUACCUCCCUUCCUCCACAGCUUCAUCAUAAAGGUUUUAAACUUUGGUUUGAUGAAUUAAUUGGCCUUUGGGUUUCAGUGCAAAAUCUCCCACAGUGGGAGGGGCAACUAGUAAAUCUCUUCGCGCGAUUGGCUACAGAUAAUAUAGGGUACAUAGACUGGGAUCCAUAUGUACCAAAGAUAUUUACCAGAAUUCUGAGAAGCUUGAACCUUCCUGUGGGAAGCAAUCAAGUGCUCGUCCCAAGAUUUUUGACCAACGCGUAUGACAUCGGACACGCUGUCGUAUGGAUCACCGCCAUGAUGGGCGGACCAAGUAAGCUGGUGCAGAAACACUUAACUGGUUUGUUUAACAGUAUCACGUCAUUUUACCAUCCUUCAAAUAAUGGGCGUUGGCUGAACAAGUUAAUGAAGCUCCUUCAGCGGCUGCCCCAUAGCAUUGUCCGAAGACUGCACCGGGAGCGCUACAAGAAGCCGUCCUGGCUGACCCCAGUGCCUGAGAGCCACAAGCUCAGUGAUGAGGAUGUCACGGACUUCGUGCAGUGCAUCAUCCAGCCUGUCCUGCUAGCCAUGUUUAGCAAGACGGGAAGCUUAGAAGCCGCCCAGGCCUUGCAGAACCUGGCGCUCAUGAGACCUGAGCUGGUGAUUCCCCCUGUCCUUGAGAGAACUUACCCUGCACUAGAGACGCUAACAGAACCUCACCAGCUCACUGCUACUCUGAGCUGUGUGAUCGGCGUGGCCCGCAGCCUGGUGUCAGGGAGCAGGUGGUUUCCCGAAGGCCCGACACACAUGCUCCCUCUGCUGAUGAGAGCCCUACCCGGGGUGGACCCCAAUGACUUCAGUAAAUGCAUGAUCACAUUCCAGUUUAUAGCAACGUUUUCCACUCUGGUGCCUUUAGUAGAUUGCUCGUCUCUGCUGCAUGAAAGAAAUGACCUCACCGAAGUGGAGCGAGAGCUUUGCUCGGCCACAGCUGAAUUUGAGGACUUUGUCUUGCAAUUUAUGGACAGAUGCUUCGGACUUAUAGAAAGCAGCACGUUGGAGCAAACGAGAGAAGAGACAGAAACAGAGAAAAUGACGCACUUGGAGAGCCUGGUAGAACUGGGUCUGUCCUCCACGUUCAGUACAAUCCUGACACAGUGCUCCAAGGAAAUAUUUAUGGUGGCCCUGCAGAAGGUGUUCAAUUUCUCUGUCUCUCAUAUCUUCGAGACCCGGGUGGCUGGUCGUAUGGUGGCAGACAUGUGCCGCGCUGCUGUCAAGUGCUGUCCUGAGGAAUCACUGAAGCUCUUCGUUCCUCACUGCUGCAGUGUCAUAACACAGCUCACUUCAAAUGAUGACGUGUUGAAUGAAGAGGAGUUAGAUAAGGAGUUACUCUGGAAUCUCCAGCUUCUAUCUGAGAUCAGCCGAGUGGACGGGCGAAAGCUGUUGCCCUACAAGGGGCAGCUGGUGCGGAUCCUGCAACGGACGCUGCACCUGUCCUGCAAGCAGGGCUACACGCUGGCCUGUGGCCUCCUGCACCACCUGCUACGCUCCACCACCCUCAUCUACCCCACUGAGUACUGCAGCAUCCCAGGCGGCUUCGACCGGCCUCCAUCUGAGUACUUCCCUAUCAAGGACUGGGGCAAGCCUGGGGACCUGUGGAACCUGGGUAUCCAGUGGCAUGUCCCUUCCCCUGAAGAACUGGCUUUUGCCUUCUACCUGCUAGACUCAUUUCUCCAGCCUGAACUCAGCAAACUGCAGCGCUGUGCAGACGGAGAACUUGAGAUGCCCCGAGAUGAUGUUCUCCAGAGCCUGACUAUCGUGCACAACUGCCUCAUUGGCUCCGGGAACCUCCUUCCUCCACUGAAAGGAGAGCCAGUGACCAACCUGGUACCAAGUAUGGUGUCCUUGGAAGAGACCAAGUUGUAUACUGGACUUGAAUAUGAUUUAUCCAGAGAGAAUCAUCGAGAAGCAAUUGCUAAGGUCAUAAGGAAACUUCUUAACCACAUACUUGAUAAUUCAGAGGAUGACACCAAGUCAUUGUUUCUUAUCAUUAAGAUCAUUGGAGACCUUUUACAGUUCCAAGGAUCACACAAACAUGAAUUUGACUCCCGGUGGAAAAGCUUUAAUUUAGUGAAGAAAUCAAUGGAAAAUAGGCUCCAUGGGAAAAAACAGCAUAUUCGAGCCCUCUUGAUUGACAGAGUCAUGUUGCAGCAUGAGCUACGAACUCUGACUGUUGAAGGUUGUGAAUAUAAAACGGUACAUCAGGAAAUGAUCAGAGACCUGCUGCGGCUAUCCACUAGUUCUUAUAGUCAGGUCCGCAAUAAGGCCCAGCAGAUCUUCUUUGCUGCCCUGGGAGCCUAUAACUUCUGCUGCAGGGAUGUCAUCCCCUCGGUGCUGGAGUUCCUGAGGCCCGACAAGCAGAAUGUCACACAGCAGCAGUUCAAGGGUGCCUUAUACUGUCUCCUGGGGAACCACAGUGGUGUGUGCCUGGCCAAUCUGCACGACUGGGACUGCAUCGUGCAGACAUGGCCUGCCAUUGUCUCAUCGGGCCUCAGCAAAGCCAUGUCUCUGGAGAAGCCAUCCAUCGUGCGGCUCUUCGAUGACCUAGCGGAGAAGAUCCAUCGACAGUACGAGACAAUCGGCCUGGACUUCGCUAUUCCAGAAUCAUGUAUUGGAAUAGCUCGGCUCCUUCAACAAUCUACCAACCAGGUGACACUUAGCUCAGAAGAAAUUCAGGAAGGACUCAAACGCCAACAGGAGAAGAAUGCUGAUGCACUGAGAAACUAUGAAAACUUGGUAAAUGCCUUGUUGGAUAGUGUGGAACAGAGAAAUUUGCCCUGGAAGUUUGAGCACAUCGGCAUUGGGCUUCUGUCUCUUCUCCUGAGAGAUGACCGAGUGUUGCCUCUUCGUGCCAUACAGUUUUUUGUUGAGCACCUCAACCAUGAUGCAAUCGUCGUUCGUAAGAUGGCCAUCUCAGCUGUGGCUGGCAUUCUCAAACAGCUGAAGAGAACUCACAAAAAGCUGACCAUCAACCCCUAUGAAAUCAGUGGGCAUCCUAAACCCAGUCAGAUCAUUGCUGGUGACAGGCCUGACAAUCAUUGGCUGCAUUAUGACAGUAAAAGUGUGCCCAGGACCAAGAAGGAGUGGGAGGCGAGCUGCUUCGUGGAGAAGACGCACUGGGGGUAUUACACCUGGCCACGGACCAUGGUUGUCUACGCGAGUGCGGAAGAGCAGCCUAAGCUGGGCCGAAGCAGGGAGGACCUGACCGAGGCAGAAAAGAUUAUAUUUGACCAUUUUUCUGAUCCAAAAUUUGUUGAACAGUUAAUUACUUUUCUAUCUUUAGAAGACAGAAAAGGAAAAGAUAAAUUCAGUCCUCGACGUUUUUGCCUCUUUAAGGGCCUGUUCAGGAAUUUUGAUGACGCCUUCCUGCCCGUUCUCACGCCUCAUUUAGAGCGGCUGGUCGCAGACUCGCAUGAAAGCACCCAGCGGUGUGUGGCCGAAAUCAUAGCUGGGCUAAUUCGAGGCUCAAAGCACUGGACCUUUGAAAAGGUGGAGAAGCUCUGGGCACUCUUAUGCCCACUGCUGCGGCGAGCUCUGGCCAGCAUCACGGUGGAGACCUACAGUGACUGGGGCACUUGCAUCGCUACAUCCUGCGAGAGCAGAGACCCCCGGAAGCUUCACUGGCUCUUUGAGCUGCUGUUGGAGUCGCCACUAAGUGGCGAAGGUGGAUCUUUUGUGGAUGCCUGCCGCCUGUACGCCCUGCAGGGGGGCCUGGCGCAGCAGGAGUGGCGGGUGCCCGAGCUGCUGCAUCGGCUGCUGCAGUACCUGGAGCCCAAACUCACGCAGGUCUACAAGAAUGUCCGUGAGAGAAUUGGGAGUGUACUCACCUACAUAUUCAUGAUUGAUGUGUCCUUGCCAAACACCGCGCCCACGGCCUCCCCACGCAUCCCCGAGUUCACAGCUAGAAUCCUUGAGAAAUUGAAGCCUCUCAUGGACGCAGACGAAGAGAUCCAGAACCAUGUGAUGGAGGAGAACGGGGUCGGGGAAGAGGAUGAACGCACUCAGGGCAUCAAACUCUUAAAAACUAUAUUGAAGUGGCUGAUGGCAAGUGCAGGAAGGUCCUUCUCAACCGCCGUCACGGAACAGCUGCACCUCCUGCCUUUGUUCUUUAAGAUUGCCCCCGUGGAAAAUGACAAUAGCUACGAUGAACUGAAAAGAGACGCAAAGUUGUGCUUGUCACUAAUGUCUCAGGGCUUGCUUUACCCCCAUCAAGUGCCUUUGGUACUUCAGGUGCUAAAACAAACAGCGAGGAGCAGUUCUUGGCAUGCCCGGUACACAGUGCUGACCUACCUCCAGACCAUGGUAUUUUAUAACCUCUUUAUUUUCUUAAGCAAUGAAGAUGCAGUCAGAGACAUCAGGUGGCUGAUUAUCGGCCUUUUGGAGGAUGAGCAGCUUGAGGUCCGAGAAAUGGCCGCUACCACCCUGAGCGGCCUCCUUCAAUGCGACUUCCUCAGCAUGGACAGUUCGAUGCAGACGCAUUUUGAGCAGCUUUGCAAAACCAAGUUGCCGAAGAAGAGAAAGCGAGACCCUGGGUUUGUGGGAGACACGAUUCCUUCUGCAGAGCUGGUCCGGCGACACGCCGGGGUGCUGGGGCUCGGUGCGUGUGUGCUUUCGAGUCCGUACGACGUGCCGACCUGGAUGCCGCAGCUCCUGAUGAACCUCAGCGCACACCUGAACGACCCUCAGCCGAUCGAGAUGACUGUGAAGAAGACCUUGUCCAAUUUCCGGAGAACGCACCACGACAACUGGCAGGAACAUAAGCAGCGCUUCACCGACGACCAGUUGCUGCUGCUUACUGACCUGCUGGUGUCACCGUGCUACUACGCCUAAGGAUAAGUAGUCUGCACUUCCAGCUCUUCUCAUCCAAACUUCCAGAUCCUCAGGUACCAUCUGUGGUGACUGCCUCUGCCGAGCUCUCGUCGUCUGGUUCCUCUGUUCACUCUCCUCAGUCCACGUGCCGCGGGCCCACAGUUGUCCCGCAGUUUCCUUUUCCUCCCUUGUUCCUGUGUGUUUCCAGAAUAUUGAUCAGUUUUUGCUUUGAGGCACUGAAAAAGCCCCAGUGUCUCCGACUGUAGAAAAACAUUUACCCAAUAUGAUCAUGGCAUUCAAGACUAGUCAAGAGUCUAGGAACCCAUUAGGAACAGCAGCUCCCUGGGAGGAGUGGAGAACAUUCGUUGGCAGUGCAGGUCCUGUCAUUUCACUCAGUUCAGAUCCGUUUGGAAUUUUCUCCCCGAUGGCCAUUGGGUGUGGAUGGUAGUGGAGCCGUGGCCCUCCCUCCCUAGCCCGAGAGCCUGGCGUGUGGAGAAGGAAGGCAGAGGCAUCCCCAGAACCAGCCUAGGACCUGGCGGGUCACCUCCCCAAGACCAGAGCAAAGUCUGUCCGUGUGUCUGUCCGUGUGUGGCCCACAAGCUGCUAUUUUGGGGUCAGAAUAGAAGAGCAGCGGCUUCAAAAUUGGGGGCUUGGUGAGCCAGUUUUUGAUUGAUGUAUGUGUGAUUUUGAAAAUAAAUAACAACAACAAUAAAAACCCUGACUGAUUUUUACCUGGAUUCUUUACAAGCACUGUUUGACCCUCUUUGAACAUUGUUCUGCCACACCUGAUGGAAGAUGCUGUGUUGAUAGAAAUUCUGUCAUUUCUUUUUUUUUCUUUGAUAUUUUUCCCCCCUUUGGGUAUGUUAUUUUGGUGCUUUUGAUUUUUGGUUUUUGUGUUUGUUUGGUUUUUUUUUUUUUUGAGUGCAGAAUCUGUGAGAAACUAAUGUCUUGAUAUUUAAUUGACUUGUUUAAAUAUUCUAUACAUGUAAAAGAUUGUAUAAACUGUAGAGAUAGCAUUGACCUGGCUUUGUAUAGAUGCAGUCUUUUACACAACACCAUUGUGUAAUUAAUUUGUAAAAAUUGACAUGUAGUUCCUAGAGUGAUUGGGGGGGCUUUUGUGCCAAUCGAAUGCUUCUUUGGGGUGUUUUUAAGUUAUUUUCCUUAUUUCAUGUUAUAAAAGCUGAUGAUUUUUCUAAGUUCCGAAUUUUUAUGUAACUUUGUGUAUCUCUUAAAUCGAACACCACGUUUGCCUGUCAGAUGAUCGAAAGUGAAGCAUCUUUUAGGCUGAAGGAACCAUUCUGUGGUGAAGACCACCUGACCACACACCCUGUACAGUCUUCUUACAGGAACACUAAAUAUAUUUUUUAGUAUCUCCUUGUCAAAUGAUUCCGUCAAGACCUAAGCACAGCCGAGGUCGGGUUCAGUAUUUACGAGUCAGAGUACACAGGCAGAACCCCUGUAUAGAGUAGUGCCAAAUGGAUUAUUUCGAUUGUGUAACUAGUUUGAAAUCCAAUAAAUGGAUUGUUUUUAA